AUGGUGUGGGCGGGAGUUCCUGAGGCGAUCGUGCAACCGGGGGUGCUCUGGACGCGCGACUGCACGAUCAUCUCCCUCACCAUCACCCCGUUCCUCCUCGCCCAGUUCCCCCCCUACUACAUCCUCUGGGGAAUGUGUCUCCCCAUCCGGCCGUUCUCCUACUCCCAGGCCCCGAAACAACGAUCCUUCCGCAGCCUGCGCGUCGUUCUUGUCACCAAAGCGACCAACAUCCAGGGAAGUACUACCCCCUUCUCAACCUAUGCAACAUCCUGCCCAAUGCUAACCGAAACAAAAAGACCGUCCUCAACACCCUUCGUCGUCGUCGUCGACUCAGCCCACAACCCCUUCACCACCCUCCUCCCCACCUGGGUCGAGCAGCUGCAGUGCCCGCCCUCCUUCCAGGCCGCGCGCGCCACCCACAAGGCCCGCGUGCUGGAGUGGUACCGGCGCCACAGCAGCCUCACCGACCGGGACUGGGUGCUGCACCUGGACGAGGAGACGGAGAUCGACGACUACCUGAUGCAGGCGUGUUUGGAUUUCAUCGAGCGGGGAAGCGAUGAUAUCGGGAUGGGAACAAUCUACUACAACGCCUCCUCGCACUGGAAACACCCCCUCACCACCGUCGCCGAGAUCCUGCGCAUCGCCGAGAACUUCGGGCGGUACCAGCUCCCCGUGCGGUUCUUCCGGCAGCCGCUGCUCGGGUUCAUGCGCGGGAGCUUCCUACUGCUGAACGGCACGGUCGAGAACGCGGUGACCUGGGACACGGACUGUCUGACGGAGGAUCAUUGGUUUGCUUACUACGCCGCGAAGCAAGGCUUCAAGUUCGGAUGGCUGAACGCGAUCGCGCGCGAGCAGGCCCCCUCCACGCUGGGCGAUCUGCUCCGCCAGCGGCGCCGGUGGUACAGCGGGGAGCUGAUGAUCCCCAGCUGGGCGCUGCGCGUGAUGGUGGCGCGGUUACUGAUGCUUGCUGCGGUAUGGGACAGAAUGAUGACCAUGAUCUACGGCGGCUGGGCCAUCUCCGUCUCCUACGGCUUCUUCGUCUGGACCACCUUCAACCUGGCCGUGCUGCUGCACGGCCGCGUCGUCGCGUGUCUGCUGGAGGAUCUGGACUGCCGUGCCACGGCGCUGCUGGAUAUCCCGGUGCAUGUGGGGCUGACGGUUGUGCUGGCGCCGGUGGUGGAUUUGGUGCAGGCGGCGACGUUUCUGUGGACGGUGGUGCGGCCGACGAGGGAGUUUACGGUUAUUCGGAAGGAUUAG